AUGGAACCCAGAAGCUUAUCACCAACAGAUGCCAACCACAAGGCGCAAUCUAUAGAGUGGCCUCUUUCCCACAGCUCACAUUCCCCACAACCCACAAUCCUCAUUCCCACAACCCAUAACCACUGUUUUCACAACCUGCAACCCCCAUUCCAACAAUUCACAACCCUGUUCCCAAAACCCCAAUUACCCUUCCUACAACCUACAAUCCCCAUUCCCACACUCCCACAAUCCCUAAAACCUACAACCCAUAAUUCCCCCACACAAUCCCCAGUUCCCAUAACCCCCCCACAAUUCCAACAAUCCCCAUUCCCCCCCCCACAAUCCCCCAUUCCCACAAUCCCCCAUUCCCACAAUCCUCCAUUCCCACAAUUCCCCAUUCCCACAAUCCCCCAUUCUUACAGUCCCCCAUUCCAACAAUUCCCACAAUCCCCCAUUCCCCCCCCCCCACACAAUACUCCAUUCCCAAAAUUCCCACAGUCCCCCAUUCCCACAAUCCCCCAUUCCCACAAUUCCCACAAUCCCCCAUUCCCACAAUCCCCCAUUCCCACAAUCCCCAUUCCCACUGUCCCACAUUCGCACAAUCCCCCAUUCCCACAAUCCCCCAUUCCCACAAUUCCCCAUUCCCACAAUCCCCCAUUCCCACAAUUCCCACAGUCCCCCAUUCCCACAAUCCCCAUCCCCCACACACAUAAUCCCCAAUUCCCACAAUCCCCCAUUCCACAAUCCCCCACAUACAAUUCCCACAAUCCCCCCAUACAAUUCCUCGCACAGGUAUUGAUCACGCAGCCCUCAACGCGACCUGGAGCCACACUAAGAUUCAAGACAGUCCAGGUGGCGACCUGCAACUGA